CGUUAGCACCAGAUGUUUGGCAGCGGCCGGGGGAGGAAGUCGCUGCCGGGGCCCUGAGUCCCGCCCGAGCCGCGCCGGAGCAGGCAGGGCCCCGCCAUGGCCCCCACGGCUCCCCCGGCAGUGCCGCCGCCCCCGGGGCCACUGGGACGCGGCUCCCUCAAUCUGCACCGCGCCUACCUGCGGAGCCCGCUGGGGCUGCUGCGGCUGGGGCAGCUGGUGCUGGGUGCUGCCUUCUGGGUGACGGUGGCAGCUCACAGGUACGAGGGGGCUGCUCACUUUGCCCUCUUCGCCGCUGUCCUGGUCUGGCUUCUCACCCUGGUCCUCUUCGGGCUGAGCCUGCUGGGACGCUGGGCGCUGGUGCCCUGGCUGGGCUCCCGCUGGCUCCUCACCAACCUGGUGCACGACCUGGUGCUGGGCGUCGGGCUCUAUGUGGCUGCCACUGGCAUCAUGGGCUACAAAGCCAAGCAGAAAAGCUAUUGCAGCCUCCCGGGUUACAGCCAGCACUGCCUGUACAGUGCCUACCUGAGCGCCUCCGUCUGCGGGGGCAUCACUGCCUGCCUGUACCUCUUUUCGGGGCUCUACUGCCUGUCACGGCGCUGCCGGGACCAGCGUGACAUCAUCUGAGACCUUGCGGCCCUCAGCUCCCUUUCUUAUCACCCAUGGAUGGAGAGCAGCCCCACUUUGGGAUGAAGUGACCCUGCCACCCCAUUCCUUCCUGGCUGACUGCACCAUGCUUUUUCUGGAGACUCCUGUGCCUAUGGAUGGACAGACUGAGGCCUUCCCCAAGCAUGGCUUUCCCUGAGUCCUGAAGAGACAGUAUGGACACCCAGCUGCUGCACAGGCCCUUCUCCCAUCCCUGGACAGACGUAAGCUAUCGCAGGUGGGAGGAUCCAAGUGGAGAACCCCUAAGAGGGACCCUAACUCCUGGGAGCACCCCAGGACCUCUUCCAAGCUCCCUUUCCCCUGGCUUAACAGGUGCUGUGUGAUCAGGUGGAUGCUGACCUGUCCCCACAUAAGAGGGAACUGGCCCUGGGUAGCUGAGAAGGGGACAGUGGUGUAUUGUGGGGGUGGGUGGGCACAGCCUCCCCAACCCACUGUCAGCGCCCUCCUGCUAUUCCCAGCUGUGCAGCACGUUUGCAGUUCACUAAUAGAGCCUCUGAUCUCCACUUCCCCAGGCUGGGCUCCUCCUUCUGUCUGGGCUGAAUGCGUCCACCCUCUGGCCAAAGCCCUGCAGGGCUUAGUCCCUCCCUGCCCUGCACUCUGCGUGUGUGGGAACACACAGUCUGACACAGCAUCACCUCGGGAUCCUAAAAAUGCUGUCCUGUUUGGGGGCUCAGCCUGUGUAGGGCAGCAAGGCCUCUACUACUGUGGGGAAGGGGAAGGGUGAGUGGGACCAUAGUCUGGUCCUGUGACCCUGGGGAGGGGGCGUCCCUCCAGCCUUGGGGUUCAUACUGUCCUGGGAUGGGGCAGAUGUCCCUAGGGGUUGACAGGAACAAGGCACUUUGUUUUCUCUCCCCCUGCCCUCCUGCUGUGAGGUUCAUGCCUCUGAGCCACUCAGAGCCACCCAUCCUGCCCCAGCAGCCAGCUGCUCGAAUAGGGAUGAGCACAGUCUCCCAGCAGGGCUGAGUUUGUCAUCAGGGAACAAUCAUCUGGGGACUCUUAAACUCCAUCUUUGGACUCUGCAGUGCCCAGAGACUAUGGCAAGCUGGAGGGGAUGGCAGCACAGCAGUGGUGCCAAGAAGCUGGAAAUGGGCGUUGUGUGGACACAGACUGUCAUGGGGAACAAGAAAAAAAGGAUGCUGGCAGCUGGGUCAGCCCAGUCCUGUAUCAGCUUCCACAGCCUGCUGGGUGCCAAGCCUUGAGGAGACUGUGUAGUGCUGACUGGAGGAACCGGCAGCCAGAGACUAAGAAUUUUUGUAGGAGCACUAUGCUGGGGCUUUCCUGCCACAAGCUCUCCUUGCCCUGCCUGGAAGCAGGCCCUCUCCAUCACUCCCAGUGUGAGGACGGGUUGACCCCAGGCUUUGCAUGGGUUUGGGUUGGUGGGAUGGGUGUCCCCAGCAGCUGCCCAUGGGCUCUGGCUGUUGCCUGGGGUUCCUUGAUGCCUUUAGUGGGGAUGGAGAGCAGCAGCUGUGAUGCCCCUGCAGCUUGGAGGAAUCGGAUUGACGCUGGGUCACUGCUUACAUCUUGAGCUACUGUCUCAGACAAUCCCACCUUAUGCUUGGGGGCUGGCCAGACCCUGCCCAUCUAGCCCUUCCCCAAGCAGGACAUGCUUCCCCUACCCUGUGUCAGGGCUGGUCCCCGACACUACCUGCCUUGGUGCAGCCCUUGUCCCAGGUGCCAAAGAUGUUCAGCCGGGCUUCUACUACCACAAGUGCCUUUCCUGGCUUUUUGCCUGUCACGCUGGCUUUGUCCUCCUCCAGGUGCCUCUCUAGUGCCUAUGGAUUCACCUUCCAAAUAAAGCAACGUUGGCGC